AUGAGGGAGAUCAUUAACCUGCAGGUUGGCGCUUGCGGAAACCAGAUAGGAGGAAAGUUCUGGGAGGUGAUAUCCGACGAGCACGGCAUCGACCCUAGCGGUUGCUACCAUGGCGACUCGGACCUCCAGCUGGAGCGCAUCAACGUGUACUACAACGAGGCGUCCGGUGGCAAGUAUGUCCCGCGGACCGUGCUGGUGGACCUCAAGCUUGCCACCAUGGACGCCGUGCGCUCGGGGCCCUUCGGCUGCCUCUACCGCCCCGACAACUUCGUCUACGGCCAGAACAGCGCCGCCAACAACUGGGCAAGAGGACACUACACCGAAGGCGUCGAAAUCCUAGAAUCGGCCUUAGACGUCAUCCGAAGAGAAGCGGAGGGAUGCGACUGCCUCCAAGGCUUCCAAAUGUCCCACUCUCUAGGCGGCGGCACCGGCUCUGGCCUCGGCACACUCCUAAUCAACCGCAUCAGAGAAGAGUACCCCGACCGAAUCAUCCUAACCUUCUCCGUAUUCCCAAGCCCGAGAGUGUCGGAUUGCGUAGUGGAGCCAUACAAUACCACGCUGGCGGUGAACCAGCUGGUAGAGAAUGCGGACCACACGUUCUGUUUGGACAACGAGGCGUUGUACGACAUCUGUUUCAGAACGCUAAAGCUGACGACACCAACUUACGGCGAUCUAAAUCACUUGGUUUGUGCGACUAUGUCCGGCAUCACGACGUGCUUGAGGUUCCCGGGUCAGCUGAAUGCGGAUUUGAGGAAACUAGCAGUCAACAUGGUGCCUUUCCCCAGACUUCAUUUCUACACACCUGGCUUCGCUCCCUUGACGUCGAGAGGAGCGCAGCAGUACAGAGCGUUGACAGUCCCUGAAUUAACGCUGCAAAUGUUCGACGCGAAGAAUAUGAUGGUGGCAUGCGACCCCCGACAUGGUAGAUACCUGACCGUGGCCACGAUAUUCAGAGGGAGAAUGUCGAUGAAGGAAGUUGACGAACAGCUUGUCAAUAUACAGAACAAGAACAGCACAUACUUUGUCGAGUGGAUACCGAACAAUUGCAAGAUUGCAGUUUGUGACAUACCUCCACGAGGGUUGAAGAUGGCAUCGACAUUUAUUGGUAACACAACGGCUAUCCAGAGCAUAUUUAAGAGGAUGGCUGAACAGUUCGUGGCCAUGUUCAGGCGGAAAGCGUUCCUUCACUGGUACACUGGUGAGGGUAUGGACGAGAUGGAAUUCACAGAAGCGGAGAGCAACAUGAACGACCUGGUAUCAGAAUACCAACAGUACCAGGACGCCACGGCGGACGACGAGGGAGAGUUCGACGAGGAAGCAGAAGGCGAAGGAAUGGAGUAGCAAUAAUAAUUUGGUGUUCAUUUGUGUAUGUCCUUGUGUUCGUCCUAAAUAAAAUGGUUGCUAUAAUUUAAUU